AUGGGCAGAAUUAUAGUUCGUGUGACAAGGAUAUUUGGAAUCCGUUACCUCGCAGUUUGUCUUGGUUACGUGCUUCUCACUCUGGCAGCGCUCCCUGUAGGUAUAUCAAGUGGGGGAUGGUCUUUUUUCCGAUUUGAUGAACAAGAAAGAAAUAAGCAAAAAAACUUUUGGAACUCUAUUCUACCCGACAACAGCACUAAAUUCCCCCUUGGAAAAGCACGUCGGGUUUCAUGUAUUCUCACUUUUUGGUGGUCAGCUUUUCAAAUCUUUUGUUUUUUCAUUUACAGUAGGUUUAAUUGUGCGAGUACUUGGACCGUUUUGACAAACGGUUCAAAGUUGAUUCGAAGUGACUGGUUUUCAUCCAACAUGUAUUUGCUCUUAUUAUGUGCAAUCGUGCCAUACUGUUCCCUCGGACCUAUUUCUUCGCAGUUUCUCUUUUUUAUGGUUUACAAUAUGAUGUGCACAGUUUCCAAUUUUCUUUUCAUUAUCAUCCUCAACAAACACAAAGUUGUCACAAGGUAUGUGUUCUACAUCAGUGUGUGUAUGAUCUGUGCUUAUGUUGAAAGUGACAUAGUAGCUGUGUUUUAUUUCAUCCUUAAUUCUCAAGGCUCCCUGAACAAGUUAAAACUCACAGCUCUUCGCACUGCAGCACUUGGCCUCACUUUGACCCUGAGUUUCAGUUCUUCAAUGCACAUAAUCCGCAAACUUAUGAAGCCACAGGAGUCUGUGUUUGAGGGACUGGCAGAGAGGUGA